AUGAUUUCGCUGAAGUCUUGUGGUUAUGUUGUUUUUGUCACCAAAGGUGAUCAAUAUGAUGUAAGAGAAGAUAUUGAUAAUGACAACAAUGUUAUUGAUGUCAAUAAUAAUAUAAAAGUGACACGUAGAGUAAGAAAUCUUGGUAAGCCUGUUGACUUGGCACGUAGAUAUUUUGAAGAGGGUGCAGAUGAAAUCACCUUUUUAAAUAUAACAUCAUAUAGAAAUUUUCCAUUAUCAGAUUUACCAAUGUUGGAGAUUUUACGUAAAACAUCAGAAACAGUUUUUGUACCUUUAACAAUUGGUGGUGGGAUACGAGAUUUUAUUGAUCCUGAUGGAAAAUUUCAUUCAGCACUAGAUGUAGCUGGUGAAUACUUUAGGUCAGGUGCUGAUAAAGUAUCAAUUGGUAGUGAUGCUGUUUAUGCUGUAGAAAAAUACUUGAAGAAUGGGUGUAGUUUGGAUGGUAGUACAGCAAUUGAAUUGAUAUCAAAGGGUUAUGGAUCACAGGCAGUUGUGAUUUCAGUUGAUCCAAAAAAAGUUUAUGUCAAGAGCCCAGAAGAAACUCCACAUCAUGUGAUCAAAACAAAGUAUCCAGGUCCAAAUAAAGAAACAUGGUGUUGGUAUCAAUGUACAGUGAAAGGUGGUAGGGAAACAAGAGAUGUGGAUGUUUAUCAGUUAGUUACCAUUUGUGAGAUAAUGGGAGCAGGAGAAAUUUUGUUGAAUUGUAUUGAUAAGGAUGGUACAAACUCAGGUUAUGAUUUGGAAUUGAUAGAAGAUGUUAAAAAAAGUGUAAAGAUUCCUAUUAUUGCUUCAAGUGGAGCUGGUAAUGAAUCUCACUUCCUUGAAGUUUUUAAAUGCACUGGUGUUGAGGCAGCACUUGCUGCAGGAAUAUUUCAUCGUAAAGAGGUUCCUAUUGAAAAAGUCAAGAAAUUGUUAAAACAUAAUGAUAUCUUGAUUAGGAAUGUGGAUAAUGAAUGA